AUGGAAGAAAGUAUAGUAAAAAAAUAUAUUGAUAUAAUAAAUUUGCUUCAUAAGAACACUCAGAUAAUAUCAAAUAAAAAUAAUGAAAAAGAGAAAAAUGAACUAAUUGAAAUGAUUGAAUAUUUUUCAAAUAUAUUAAUUAAAUACUUUUACGAUGAAUUUCAAAUGGAUAACAUUUCUAUUUCUAAGUCAGAGUUUGAUUCUGAUCAGUUGUGGUACUUUAUUGAAUGCUUAAUAAAAGAAAAGAAACUUAAAGAUUUAUCUAACUUUUUUAAUAGUUAUGAAAAAAAAAUAGAGAAAAAUGAAAAUAAAAGAAAAGAUCAAAUAAAUAGUUCUAAAUUAGAAGAAGAAGCAAAGAUAGAGAAAAAAAACAUUAAUAAUUGCAGAAAUAAUGAUAAUGAAAUUCUUAAAAGAAAGAGAAAAGUAAAUGAAGAUAAAGAAGACACAAAUGAAAAUGUUGGUAAAAAAAAAAAAGAGGAAGAAAAUAAUGAAAAUGAAAAGAAGAAAAAUAAUGAAAUAACAGAGAUAGAAGAUAAGUUUUUUAAUUUUAACGAGAUGGAAGAAUUCUUAGAUAAAGAAGAAAAAAGAGUUUUACAUAAUCAAACAGAAGAUAACUCAGAAGAAGAUUUAUUAUAUGCUAGUGCAACUGAAUACGAUUUAAAUGAAUUUAAUUGUUCUUAUAAGGAAGCUAAAGAAUUAAAGUAUCAUGAUUUUUACAAAGAUAAAAAAGAAAUUAAAGAAAAAAAAAGAAAAAAUAAUGAAGAAAAUGAAAAUGAAUACGAUGAAGAAGAGGAUAAAAAUGAAAAUGAAAAUGAAGAAGAUGAAAAUGAAGAAGAUGAAGAUGAAAAUGAAAAUGAAAAUGAAUACGAUGAAGAAGAGGAUGAAAAUGAAAAUGAAGAAGAUGAAAAUGAAGAAGAUGAAGAUGAAAAUGAAAAUGAAAAUGAAUACGAUGAAGAAGAGGAUGAAAAUGAAAAUGAAAAUGAAGAAGAUGAAAAUGAAGAAGAUGAAGAUGAAGAUGAAAAUGAAAAUGAAAAUGAAUACGAUGAAGAAGAGGAUGAAAAUGAAGAAGAUGAAGAAGAAAAUAAAGAAAAUAAAAGUUUUAAUGAAUAUUAUGAUGCUGAAGAAAGUAAUGUAUAUUCUAAAAAUAAUAAUAAAUAUAAUGAUGAAAAAAUAGAAAGAGAACUAGACGAAAUGAAUGAAUUUGAUAGCAUGCAUAGCGAAAGUGAAGAUCCUAAUAUACAUGAUAUGAUGAAAGAUAAAGAAAAAAUAGAAAAGGAGUUAAUUGAAAAGAAGCAUUGGUCUUUAACUGGUGAAGUUUUUGGUUAUGAUCGUCCAAAAAAUAGUAUUUUAAAAUUAAAUGUAGACAUACCAAAAAUUAACACAUAUAAUAAAAACGAUGUCUUAAUAAAUAAAAAUAUCGGAAAUGUUGAUAAUAGUAGUGAAAAUGAGGAAUCAGAUAAUAAAAAGAAGAAUAACAAAAUAAAUUCAUUAACAGAAGAAAUUGAACUAGUUGUAAAACAACGAAUAAAAAACAUGUUGUUUGAUGAUGUCGAAAAAAAGUGUAUCGAAGAUUUAGAUAUAACUGAUAAUAAUAAUAAUGAUGAAGUAAAUUUUGAUAAUUUAAAUUUUUCAAAAAGUAAAGUAAGUUUAGUUGACGAAUAUACAAAAAAAUAUGAAGAAGAAAUAAAGAAUAGUCAAUCGAAAAACAAAGAAAUAAAUUUACAAAAAAUUGAAAUUAUGAAUAUAUUUAAAAAGAUUAUGCAUUGCUGUGAUUCAUUAUCAAAUGAUUAUUAUAUACCUAAACCUGUUUUAUUAAAUGAUAAAAAUAAUAAAAUUGCUAGUUUAAAUAUAGAAGAAUGCGUACCAAUCAUUUUAUCCGACAAAAGUAAGAAAGCACCCGAAGAAAUUUUUAAACCAAAUCAUAUAAAACAACCUAAUGAAAUGAAUAAGCAAGAAAAAAAAUCUUUAAGGAAAUCCAAAAAGGUAAAAAGAAAGAAAAAUUUAUUACAUCAUUUUAAGGAUAGCAAUAUAAAUGAAUUAAAAAACAGAAAUAAUUAUCUUAUGGAAAAAAACAAAAAACAGAAAGAAGAGAAAUUAAAUAAAAUAAAAUUUGGUAUUAGUUUAAGAGAGAAAUUAUCAUUAGAUAAAUCAGAUAAUAGAUAUAAUUUUAAUAAAGAUAUAGCUAGAGCAAUUAAUUUUGAUAAAAAAAAAAAAUAA